AUGUCUCUUACAAGUUCUCAGCAACUUUCAGGUUUUGCAUGGGGGGAGGCAGAAAGAGAACUGGAUAGACUGAAGUUGAGGCUUUCAGAAAUAUAUUAUGACAAUCUUCUAAAACUCUCAGAACCUGUGGAGGGCCUAAAGGAAUGGUUAGAUGCAGUAUCUACCGCUCGCAUUCCUUGCGCCGCUGUUUCAAGUUUUGAUCGAAAAAAUGUGGUUGAAGCCUUAGAGCGAAUGGGACUCAAGAAGUAUUUCCAGGCAAUUGUGACCGAAGAAGACGGUAUGGAGUCCAUUGCUCAUAGAUUUCUCUCCGCUUCGGUGAAGUUGGACCGAAAACCAUCCAAGUGUGUUGUGUUUGAGGAUGACCCAAGAGCCAUUACCGCUGCUCACAACUGUACAAUGAUGGCGAUAGCAUUGAUUGGUGCUCACCCAGCCGUGGAAAAAAUAGACACUUCUAAUAGGUGUAGUCAGAAAUUGAUGUUCGAAGUUGAAAGAUGCAGGUAUGAUUUAGAGCAGGCUGACCUCGCAGUUGCUAGCUUUAAUGAGCUGUCUGUAAUCAACCUCCGAAGAUUAUUUUCUCAAAAGGGCUUCACUUUCAUGGAGCUGCAAAAGCAGAUAAUAGAGAAAGCUCCUCGCAGAAGGAAGCUUACCAUUGAUACCAUUUUCUGA